CUUGUUUUUGUUUCCUGGCUCCCCAGCUGGUCUGACCCUUCCCUCCCCUUUUGCUCUCUUUCUCUUGCUCUCCUCGGCCCAUUCCAGUUCUCUCCUCUCCUCCCUGCGGUUGUGAGUGUGUUUUUGGUUGAGUGAUGUGUUGUUCGGUGGGUUUCGCCAGGUCUCUGGGUCUGGCCCUGCUGCCUCUGGCCCUCUGCUGUAUCCUGGCCAACCUACUGCUGCUGUUUCCCAUGGGAGAAAUCACCUACAUCCAGCAGGACCGCCUGGCCAGCUACAUCUGGUACUUUGGUGGACUAGGAGGAGGUGGAUUGCUGAUGCUGUUUCCAGCUGUGGUCUUCAUCACUCUGGGGAAAUGUAGCUGCUGCUGGAAUGAGAGUUUAAUGAUGUGCGGGUCAGUGUUGGCAGCUGUGGUCGGCAUGGUGGGGUCUGGCUACUGUUUCAUCAUGUCAGGAUUCGCCUUGGUGCAGGGCCCCCAGUGCUUCACCUCUUAUGGAUGGUCGUACCCCUUUGCAGACCAGGGGGGCAGGUAUCUUUUACAACCAGAGACUUGGUCACGGUGUCUUCAGCCGGUUCACAUCGUAGAGUGGAACGUGACUCUGCUGUGUGUGCUACUGGGCCUGGCUGUGCUGGAGUUCAUCAUCUGUCUCUUACAGCUGGGAAACGGUUUAGUCAACGCCGUCUGCCGGCCCUGUUGCUACAAGCAGGAGUAUAGUCUUAAUGCUUAGAUCUAAACACACAUACGUACAUAUAUGUAGACUCACCUGCUGAGAGUCACACACUCGACAAUGUAUGCAUACAUACAGGACAUUAUUGGACACAUGCAAACGCGGAAGUCUGCACACACAGCCUUAUUGCCCAGCACCAUUUAUAUGUGUGGGAGUACAACUCAACCUUACUUAGACAGACUGACCUACAGUACACAUGCAGUAUCAUGGACACCUGACUGCCAUAUCAGUAUAUUUGCUAUAUUUUCAAGCUUUUAAUGUGCCUGUUAAAGUGGCAAAAAUCUCUAUUCAGUCCAUGAUGAUGAUGAUGAUGAUGAUGAUGAUGACUUUUUCUGGUGCAGCAAGUCUUAACAUUUCAAAGGCAACAGGUUAUUAGGACAUAAUAAUGUAGAUGUGUGUUUGUGUCUCGAAUACUCAUACUAAAGACAAAGUAGAGCAUCCUUGAUAAAAAUAAUAAUAAUCAUAAUAUUAGGUAUACGGUUUCACUGAAGUAAGUCACAGUGUGUGAAACUUUCAUAUGCCCUUUUUGGUUAAAAAAAGAAGAGGAUAAAAAGUGACAACUGCUCACUUUCUUCAUAAAAGCUAUAUUCUCAAUGUCGAGGUUGCUUGCUUUCUUUAUUAACAUUAUUGACUAUAUAUUUUGUAUACCUUCAUAAACACAACAACUACACUACCAUUUUUAUUGCAUGAACAGAUGAAACGACAAUUCAAAUCAAUGUCGUUAUACUAGUAUACUUAAGAUGGCAGGCAUGUAUAAACAAUACAUGCCUGCCAUCUUAAGUAUACUAUAAUAAUAUAAUAAUGUUGGAAAUGGCAUAAGCUCUUGUGUCAUUGUUGACAGAGGCCUUGCAAGAAGAGAUGCUCAUUUCCAUUAUUUAGUUGUUCAUUAGCAUCUUGGCUGACAUGAUUAUCUUGAUGCACCAGGAAGUGUCCUUUCUGUCCUGUUUGAUACUUGUGGUUCCAACAUUUAUACACUGUGUUGGAUCACCUUACAUUACGAGCAGAUUUUUGUGUGUUUGUACAUUUGUUUUAAUUUCCAGAGCAUUUUGUUGUAAAUUGUUUUCUUUACAUCUUUCGGAUGCUAGAUCAGUGUUAAUGGACAAUUUAUAUAUAUAUUUUAGUGACAUAUUUUUAUAAUGUAUGUUUGUUUGUGCUGCCUUGAAUAAAUAAAAAAAAGACUAUUUCCAUUUUAAGUUUCCAGUGAGUCAUUAAGUUUAAGCUGAUCUUUGUCCACCCAAAAACCACAUUCAAAUUCAUAGUUAGGACAUUUAGCAAUUACACUCAGCCAAAACACUUUACCCUGAAAUCCCCAAAAUGUCAGUGGUAAACAGUAUGUCUUAUGCAGCACAGAUAGAGAUAUGUGUGUCUGCAUGCUUGACUCCCAUCCUCCACUUCCUGCAAACUCUUACGGUAAAUGAAAUGUUUCCAUCAACUUAUCUGGCAUCCUUGUUACUUUUGGCCUCACUCUUACGCUCUUACACAGGAGGAGUGUCUUGACACUACGUGCAGUGUUAGCUUAUGUGUGAUAGGUCAAUCUGGUCAACCGGUUUGUGUACAGUAUGUGUGUUGUAAUCACUUCACGGACUAAAGUUUCUCUCCUGGAGUUUCCAGAGUUGCCUGUUAUUGAUCCAUAUCAGGACCCAAACUGAGUAAACGUGGACUCUGAUCCUAAGAGCCAAGCCCAUUAAAAUGUUUUAAUGACAUAUGAUGAAUAGCCUUGUGACAAUGUUAUUUUCUUCUUCCAGAUAAUCCAAUGAGCUGGUUUAUGUAGCUUCAGAAGUAGGAUACUUUUCUUAACACCUUUCUUUCAGUUUAUCUGAGAAAAUUUCAGAGAUGCAUAGUUUCCUUUGGACAGUGAUUCUGUGUAUUAUUUUUUAAUGUGCUAAAACAACUAAAUAAAGUUUCUAUUACAAG